UCCGUUUAAUGCAGAUGUCGGUUACAGGAAGGAAUGGCGCUCGAUUGGGUAGCCCAUUUUAGCUUCCGUUAAUUUUUUUUUUUCUCUUUUCUUAAUCGCGUCAGAGCCGCGUUGUCAAUGAUGCUUUGGAUACUAUAAAAACCCAGCUCCUCUAAUUUCUAAAAACCCAUCAGUCAGUAGCAAACUCUGUAAAAGUGGAGUGAUCCACAAAGUUUUCAGUUCAUUGGUUUGCGCUUUGUUCAAAUACACUAGCCAGCUUUGAUCAUAUUUGUUUCAGUGUUUAGUUGAUAAAAAAAAUGGCUGAGGAGCAUACCAAAAAGGCCCCUGAGUGCGAGAGCAACUUUGGUGGUGAGGGAGCAGUGGAGACCAAGGACCGAGGGUUGUUCGAUUUCUUGGGGAAAAAAGAGGAGGAGAAGCCUCAAGAGGAGGUGAUCGUCACUGAGUUUGAGUCGAAGGUUCAGAUAGAAGAGGAGCACAAGGAAGAAGGAGAGGAGAAGAAGCACACUCUACUGGAGAAGCUUCACCGAUCGGAUAGCAGCUCCAGCUCUUCUAGCGAUGAGGAGGAAGGUGAAGGAGGAGAGAAGAAGAAGAAGAAAAAGAAGGGACUAAAGGAAAAGAUCGAGGAGAAGUUAGGAGGAGAAAAGAAAGAAGAGGAGAUCAAGCACGAGGACAUUACAGUCCCACUGAAGAAGUGUGAUGAAGCAGUCCAGCCAGAGCCUGCAGAAAAGAAAGGCUUCCUUGAGAAGAUCAAAGAGAAACUCCCUGGUCAACACAAGAUAGCUGAAGAGGUCCCCCCACCUCCAUCCCCAGCUGAGUGCUCUGCGGCUCAGCCCCAUGAAGGUGAGACAAAGGAAAAGAAGGGAAUUUUGGAGAAAAUCAAGGAGAAGCUUCCUGGUUACCACUCCAAAACGGAGGAAGAGAAAGAGAAAGAAAAGGAGAGUUCUUCCCAUUAAAGAACCAAUAUGUUUUUAAGCAAAAAUGCCGAUGGGCGGUGUGGUUUAUUAAUUUGUUGAAAUUUUCGUUCUUUUUGGGGUUGUAUAUUUCGUAUAAGCUUCUGUUUUAUCCUGCUUUUAAGUAUUAAGUUUGUCAUAUAUAUAUAUAUAUAUAAUAAUAAGUUUGUUUAUUUAGGGUUUAACUAUAUGUAAAAAGGAUAUGUUAUUUCCUUCCUUUCUUUUUGUGAUUUGAGAGAUAUUUAAUGGAUCAAUUUCUUGUUUUCUUUGU